GGUUACUACAGGAGCAAUGAGUUCAUCAUUACCCAGCAUCCUCUGCCUCAUACCACAAAAGACUUCUGGAGAAUGAUCUGGGACCACAAUGCACAAAUUAUUGUUAUGCUGCCUGCCAACCAGGGACUGGCAGAGGAUGAGUUUGUGUACUGGCCCAGUCGGGAGGAGGCCAUGAACUGUGAGGCGUUCACUGUCACCCUCAUCAGUAAAGACCGACUCUGUCUGUCCAACGAGGAACAGAUCAACAUCCACGACUUCAUCCUGGAGGCUACACAGGUAACUUU